AUGAAUAUCCGUUGUGCUAGGCCUGAUGACCUAAUGAACAUGCAACAUUGCAACCUUCUUUGCCUACCAGAAAAUUAUCAGAUGAAAUAUUAUUUUUACCAUGGUUUGUCCUGGCCGCAGCUAAGUUACGUAGCUGAAGAUGAAAAAGGACAAAUUGUUGGGUAUGUUUUAGCAAAAAUGGAAGAGGAUUCUGAGGAUAAUCCACACGGACACAUUACCUCCCUUGCAGUCAAGAGAUCUCAUCGAAGACUAGGGCUGGCCCAGAAACUGAUGGACCAAGCGGCCAAAGCAAUGGUUGAAUGUUUUAAGGCUAAGUAUGUCUCCUUGCAUGUUCGCAAGAGCAACCGGGCGGCCUUGAACCUCUACACGAAUACUUUAAACUUUACUAUUUCUGAGGUGGAACCAAAGUACUAUGCUGAUGGCGAAGAUGCUUACGCGAUGAAAAGAGAUUUAGAUAUAAAACCAGCUCCACAAUCGACUUCAGAAGGAAGCUGA